AUGUCGCAAGGAGCGCUGGAGGUUAAACCAGCAUCGGCGUUGCUCUACAUGAGCCCUGAGCAGCUGCUCGGGACCUCAGGCAUCGGGGAUGUGCAGAGUGACGUCUGGGCGAUGGGCUUGAUCGGUUACGAGCUGCUUCUGGGAUACGUUCCGUUUCUCCUUCAGGAUCCACAGGGAUCAUCGCGCCCAGCUGGAGACGAGCUGGGGUCGUUGGAUAAGUCAGUAGAGGAGAAGAAGGCUCUGAUCGGCAGAGUGAAGGAGGAGACGAUUCCCUACUUCGUUUCUGUUCCUCCCCGGCUGCAGCGCGUCUUGAGGAGAGCGACGCAGAAGGACUCGAGGAGGAGGCACAGGGAUUCGGCAGAGUUUCGGCAAGAGCUGUCCUCUGCGUUUACACUUGCUAUGGGGGGCAGCGUCGAAGAUACAGGGCAAGGAGCAUAUGCUCUGAGCGUGAAGGACGUCGCCGCUCUGUUUCUGCAGUGCGGGCUUCGAGAUGCGGCAGCAGCAGUUGAAGCAAACAGCGUCGAUGGAAAGACUUUGUUGCUGCUCACUGACGAAGAUUUCUGCCGACGGGAAACAGACGGAGGGUUGGGCCUGACGCUCCUGCAGGCGAAGAGAGUGCGAGCUGAGAUCAAGCUGUUGAAUGAGUGAGAAGUGAAGAGAAGGUGUGAGAUGAUAAAGUAUCUUGUUAAGAUGAGGUGUGAGAUGAUAAAGUAUCUUGUUAAGAUGAGGUGUGAGAUGAUAAAGUAUCUUGUU